AUGCUUCCUCUCCCUUUCGGACUCACAGCUCUCAUUGCGUUUUACUACUAUCGUCGGAGGGAGCUCAUCAGAGGUACCAUCAACGCUGAGCAAUGCCUGCUUACAUUGGCGAAACAGGUAUCGUCGCUACCCUCGCUUCUGUUGUUUCAUCGUUGA